AUGCCAAAGUUAGAACAAUUCGAGAUCAAAAAAUAUUGGCAGAUCUUUUCAGGUCUUAAGCCAGUCGGCAAUAAAUUGAAUCACGACCAGGUGUCACCAAUUCUUUUCAACUCGAAGCUGGACUCGUCGAUCCUGAACAAAAUUUGGUUUUUAGCGGAUAUAGAUGAUGAUGAUAGUCUAGAUUUCGAAGAAUUUGUUAUAUGCAUGCGGUUAAUAUUCGAUAUGGUGAACAAAAACAUCGAUAAGGUACCAGAUGAGUUGCCAGACUGGUUAGUUCCUGGAAGCAAAUCGAGCUUGAUAGCGGAGAGAAAAAAAAGGAAAAUUCAGGAGAAUGCGGAAAUUCCAAAAGCCGAACAACCCAAAGUGGAUUGGUAUAUGGCGCCAGAAGACUUAUCACAGUAUGGUAAAAUCCUGGAAUCGUGUACGCUGUCCAGAGAUGGUACUGUCACUUUCCCCUCUAUAUCUUAUGUUAUAAAGACAAAAUUUUUCAAUCUAGGUUCCAGUGACAUUGACAAAGUGUGGAAUCUGGUAAAUCCCAAAAGAUUGCCCUCGAUUGAUAAAGACCCCGCAUUUUAUUUCAUACACUGCUUGAGGCAAUGCAAUGAUGUGGGUGCUAGGAUACCUACCGAACUUCCAAAAGCACUUUUCGAUAUUUGUAACAAGGAACGGGUCUCCUAUGAUAUGAACUCAAAUCAGGGAAAUGUGAAAAAAAUAUCUCCAACCCCUUCAACCAACACUCACGAGAAGGAACAUGCGGCUUCCAUAUCCACGAGGACUGGUGUUAGCUACGGUAGUAAUAGCACCAACAAUGGUAGUAAUAUAAAUAUGAACAAAGCAGGAUCGAGCGAAAACUUGAGUGAUUCAGAUAUCAAAAGACUGGAAGAAGAAUUGGCUCAAUUGGACAGUGAACUUGCUCAACUAGAGACCGAAAAUAAAACGGUGCCUCAAAAUAGUCCUGCAUCGAUAAGAGAGCAGCUUGAAGGACUGUUAAGUUAUAUGGAAGAAAAAGCCUACGAGCGCAAUAGAAACAAAAAUGUAUCUGUACCCUUCAAUAUCAAUGAAGCCAAGGAUGAUUUAGAAAACAUUGAAGAGCAAAUUACUGUUUUGGAGGGCUAUCUACAGAAUAAGCAGUCUGAACUUCAUGAUCUUAGAACAGAAAUAGCUUCAUUCCACUAA